AUGGGAGUUCUUCUAAAUGAAGACGAUUUGCCUUCUGAAGAGCUACUGAAAACUUAUCGGCUUUAUAAAAAUGUAACGCUCUCGGUGACCACCGCUAUAGCCUUGGUUACAAUCACUGUUAUGGUGUCUUGUAAGUGAUAAUUUUUGAUUUUUUUACAGUCUAUUUAGUUUUACUGUUAUAAAAAAUUAUUCUUUUAGCUACUACUCGGAGUAUGAGUAAAUAUCGAUGGUACUUGGUGCACAGCCUGGUCUGGUGAGUAUACAGUUUCGGAUCUGAUCUAGUGGCAAAAGGUGUACCUUUUUGCUUUCAAAAAGUAUCCAAAAAGGUGGCAAAAUACCUGCUUCUCCAAAUCAGAAAACAACGACUUCAAAAACGCUCGUUUUGUGAGGGAACGAGUUUUCCCUUCAAAACGAAGUUUUUUUAGUUGGAAAGGAAGCAUUUUGCCACAUUUUUUGAUACUUCCCGGAUGCAAAAUGGUACGUUUUUUGUCACUGGAUCAGGUCCGUCACUGUGUGUAUGUAUUUGCAAAGCGCGACAGAUUAGUUUUUCUAUAAGUUCAGAUGACUUUUAAAAUACGUAAUUUAAUGUUCAUCGCUUUUGUCACUUUAAAAGCAAAAAACAAAAAAAAUACGAACAAAUUGUUCGAUGUGCGACGCUCAGAUUUUCUUUAAUUUUGCACACGCGUCAGGCAUAGGUCACGUUUCAAUUCGUAAAAGUUUUAGCUUGCGCUUUGCAGGCGCAGCUGAGAUAUUGACGGAUCUUUGAGUGAGUACGCAAGGCGCGGAGAGUAGUCAGAGAAAGCACUUUUUGGCCGUACCCUUCGCGAGUUUCGCGUAGAAAACAAUAUUUUUUGUGAAAACAUUACCCUCUACGGCAGAAAUAAGCACAAAAUUUUUCACGCCAAAAAAGUUCUCCUAAAAGAUUCCGCAUUUUUCUCAAAAUUUCAAUCUAAAAAUCUCAGCAAAUCAGGUCGCACGUUAUCUCCCACUUAUUUAAAUAAAAUCACAACUUUUUAGGUCCCUAUUUUCCGAUUUUAUGGGGACACUGAUUGGCCCAGUCCUUCUCUCCCCACUGCCUUGUUUCUUCAGCGUAAACCUACCGCCGAUAGCCGACUCUCAAAAAAUUGCAUUGUUUUUUGUCGGAUGCACUGCAAUGUUUGGAAAGAACCUCUCAGUAAUGUUCCAGUUGGAACAUCGGUUCGUGAAAUCGCAGUCAGUGAACUCGCGAUAUCACCAAUGGUUUGGGUAUUCAUCAAUGCGAAUGGAACUUGUCAUACGAGGAGCUAUACUGGCAGCAAUCAUACUGAGCAUUGAGGUAAUAAGCCCUUGGUUUUGUGAAAGGAUUCAGGGGAUUCGUCCCGACUUUUCGGGUCGACAACAGUCCGGGUCAACACAAAAUCGAUCGACAUAUGGCCUAGGGCAAGCGGAAAGCUACAAAAAUCUAAUGUUACGUGCCAACGAGACCCGGAAAAGCCGUUGCAUGGUCGGCGAAGAAUUGGCGAAGGCUCGGUGGAGGCCUGGCGAAGUUUUAUGUCCACUUUUUCUAAUUUUGGCUAUUACAAACCGGAGUUGGACGGUUAGGGGAAAAAGAGGUCAAAAAUGACAUUCAUUUUUUAUAGUCACUGUCUUUUUUAAGUAGUAUUGUAAAAUAGUUCAAACACUACAAAAACGUUACUUUCAAAAAAAAUUAAUGUCAUAUUACUAACAUUAGUUCUGUUUUCUGUAACAUAUAAAGGCCAAAAUUUGAGGGCAAGAAAUGAAGAUCCAUGACUUUUAUUUAAAUGUAAUCAAUGUGAGUACAUGUAAAAAACCUAAAAAAUGUGAUAAGCUUAUCAUAGGAUGAUACAAUCGUAUUCUUUAUAUUAACUAAGUCUUCUCCUAGCUUGCCCUAUGCAUACAACGACAAACCGACACGAUCUAUCUCGUUGACCCAAACUGUUGCUGACACGAAAAGUCGUAGCGCCAGAGGAUUCAUUUCCAUCUAAAACCCUUCAAUUUCAGAUCCCAAUAGUAAUCUUUAUGCCACCUCAAGUAAAACAACGUCAAGCCUUCGCCUCGCUUGAUCCCGUCGCCGAAAAGGUCUUUGAAUCCCACGUUGAUACCCUUUGUAUAUCUUCAUCUCCCAAUAUAUCUCGCACCCUGCUGCCGACAUGUUUCCUGAUGACGGGAAUUGUGGUAAUCUUUGUCCUAAUGCUCACACACAUGCACGUUUCGAUUCGCAAGAACCAUGGUAAUGCGAACACAUAUCGAAUGCAAAUGAUGUUGUUCUGGAGCCUGGUGGCACAAAUGACCGCCAUGUUUAUUUUUAUUCAACUCCCGGCCAUAAUCCUGAUAUGGGGAACCUUCCUAGGGGUCAGAAAUUUGCCGAAAAUCGCAAUCUAUUGCUUCUCAAUGUUCUUUCUGCAUACCUCGUUCGACUGUCUGCUGAUUUUGUACUUCAUCAAGCCUUAUAGGGAGUUUUUGUGGAAGUACUUGCAUGCCAAGAGAUUGGCGCCAUUUCGAGACAGUCUCAGUAUCUCCGCCACUCCGAAAAUAUCUGUGGUCAAGUAUUCGAGGCAUUAG